AUGAAAGCCUCUAUCCUAUCAACUGCAGGCCUGUUGCCGCUGGUCUUGGCCACAGUUGUACCGAAAUCGAACAAGGUCGACUACAAUGGAUUCAAGGGCCUGCGCGUGAUUCUGCCUGAGAACUCGGAGGGCCUUGCCGAUCAGAUCAAUGAGCUGGCCGCAACUAUCCUCAACCCGGGCUCCAAGGAAACGCUCGAUGUUGUCGUUUCACCCGAUAAUGUUGACGCCAUUUCGCAGUUGGCUGUGAACACCACUGUUCUGGUGGAUGAUGUCGGUGCCGCUUUUGGCGAGGAGGAUACCUCCACUGUCUAUGCCGUACCUAGUGAGACUUGGUUCACGGCUUACCACAGCUACGCCGAUCACCUUCAGUUUCUCAAAGACCUGCAAAGCAGCUUUCCCAGUCAAUCAGAAAUUGUUACAGCCGGUACUUCAUUCCAGGGUCGCGCCUUGACAGGUAUCCAUAUCUGGGGAAGUGGAGGCAAAGGUUCCAAGCCUGCCGUCAUCUUCCACGGUACAGUCCACGCCCGCGAGUGGAUCAGCACCAUGGUCACCGAGUACAUGGCAUACCAGCUUCUCACAAAGUACGCCACUGACUCUGCCGUAAAGGCACUUGUCGACAAGUUUGACUUCUACAUCACACCUGUGGCGAACCCAGAUGGCUUCGUUUACACCCAGACAACUGACCGCCUGUGGCGAAAGACCCGCCAAACUCAAUCUGGUUCUACCUGCGUCGGCCGUGACCCCAACCGGAACUGGCCAUACAAAUGGGAGGUCACUGGUGGCGCCUCGACCAACCCUUGUUCUGAGACCUACAAGGGAGCUGCAGCCGGAGACGCCCCCGAGAUUCGGGGCUUGAAAGCGCAAGUCGAUACUCUUAGCGCCAGCAAGGGCAUUCGAUUCUACAUCGACUUUCACUCCUACGGACAGUACAUUCUGUGGCCUUUCGGAUACGACUGUAAUUACGUGGCUCCUGACGACGCUGCUCUGAGAACCAUGGCUCAGCGCGGCGCCACAGGUAUCCGCGGCGUUUCCGGAACCAGUUACACCAUCGGAAAUGCUUGCCGCGCUCUAUAUGCCACUACUGGAGACAGUACUGACUACAUUCACGGUGUUGCCAAAUCUACAUACACCUACACUCUCGAACUUCGUGAUCGGGGUACUUACGGCUUCUCCCUCCCCGCCAGCCAGAUUCAAGCUACUGUUCGUGAGACCUGGGCUGGUGUUCUUGCCAUGCUACAGGCUGCCUAG